CGUUAAUACAGUAUAAUUGUCAUAAUAGCUAACUAAUAGCUAUUACAUUACAGUAACUAAAAUAAAAGCUGUAAUAAAUUUAAAGAUGAGAUCAAUUAAUAUAAUAUUUUUAUGCAUAUAUGCAUUGAUUGCAUGCAAUUAUGCUAAACGAGAGCCCCGGUUUGCGCCCUACCUGUUCAUGGGUCGGUCCCAAGACGUUCAUUUGGUUCAAUAUAAACAGCAAACAGGAAUCAGUGGUUUCACACUGGCGUUUGCUUUGGCCGGUGGCGGCGCUUGUAAUCCCAUGUGGGACGGGACCAUACCUAUCGAUGAACCCAACUUAGUCAAUGAGCUCAAGGCGUUCAAAGCAGCCGGCGGUAACUAUAUUGUGGCCACCGGUGGUGCGGCAGGUGUUUAUCUGGAAAACGCUUGUGGUUCGGCUGCUAAUUUGCAGGCGGCAUACAAAAAAAUUUUGGACGUGACCGGUGCUACCGGUUUGGACAUCGAUGUCGAGGCCACUAUACCAGUGGACACUGUUAUGGAAGCGUUGGCUGGUUUACAAAGACAGAACCCAUCCAUCACUGUUAGCUUUACGUUAAGAGUCAUCGGCGACGACUACGGUGUCACAGAUCUAAAUGUUAUCCAAUCGGCGGCCAAACAUGGCGUCGAUGUUGAUGCUGUCAACCCUAUGGCCAUGGAUUUUGGCAAAUCGCCAAAGAGUAAGACAUGGGGCGAUGCCGUCGUCAAUACUGGAGAUUCGGUAGUCCGACAAAUGAAGACUAUUUGGCCUCAAAAAUCGGAUCCUGAGUUGUAUAGUAUGUUAGGUAUAACACCAAUGAUUGGGCUCAACGAUGUAGGCAUGAUAUUUGAACUGGAUCACGCCAGACAACUGGUCAAAUAUGCUAUUGACAAAGGAGUAGGACAUCUGGCUUUUUGGUCGAUCAACAGAGACAAGCCGUGUAGUGCAGGUGGACCAGUGUUUGCCGACCCCGGUUGCUCUAGUAUACCGCAACAGGUGCUCGAGUUCACCAAAAUUUUCAUGGAAUACGAUCGCCACAAUCACACCGACCCGACUCCUGGCCCCACACCGCCUCCAGGUCCGACUCCCGAUCCUCACACUAAGACUCCUGUACCUACCAGCCCGCCCGGCCCGACAACACCGUUUACUAUGGACUGUACUGAAACUGGUCGACAAUAUCCCGAUAUGAAUGACUGUUCCGUUUACUACGUGUGCGAUCACCAAAAACCAGUUAGAGAAGUGUGUUCACCCGGGGAACUGUAUAAUACUGAUUCCAAAAAUUGUGAUUAUGCCGACAAAGUUAAGACUAUAAGACCAGAAUGUAGAUAAUUUACAUUUAAUUUUUAGGAUUAUUUAAUCAAAAAUUUAUUUAUGUUAAAAUAGUAUUAAAUAAAAUAAUUC